AUGCCUGAAUCGGAAUCAGGGGAUGAGUUCAACGACGAUGUCUUUAUCGUCGAUAUCGACAGCAUUCAGGCUCAUGGUAUUGGCGCUGCAGACAUCACGAAGCUCAAGGCAAAUGGAUUCUAUACUGUCGCUUCGGUUCACGGUGCCACCCGGAAGACGCUUCUUAAAAUAAAGGGUUUUAGCGAGGUCAAGGUCGAGAAGAUCAAGGAGGCUAUACAAAAAUGCUUGCCAGCUGCAUCGGGUUUCAUAACUGCUAUGGAGUUAAGUCAUCAACGCAAGCGAGUUGUCAAGAUCUCAACGGGAAGCAAGCAAUUUGACUCAAUCCUCGGAGGUGGCUUUCAGAGCAUGAGUAUCAGUGAAGUCUUUGGAGAAUUUCGUUGCGGCAAAACACAACUGUCUCACACAAUGUCCGUUGUCGCCCAGCUUCCUAAGGAGAUGGGUGGUGCAGACGGCAAGGUCGCCUAUAUCGACACUGAAGGCACCUUCAGACCAGAGCGCAUUGCUCAGAUUGCAGAGAGAUUUGGCGUCGAUCCCGAUUCUGCUCAGGAAAAUAUCGCUUACGCUCGAGCUCUGAACAGCGAGCACCAGCUGGAACUACUCAAUACCCUGAGCAGGGAAUUCGCUGGAGGCGAGUACAGAUUGUUGAUAAUUGACAGUAUCAUGAACUGCUUCCGAGUGGAUUACUGCGGACGAGGAGAACUUGCGGACCGUCAGCAAAAGCUGAACCAGUUCUUAAUGAAACUUGCACAUAUGGCUGAAGAGUUCAACGUCUGUGUCUUGAUGACAAACCAAGUCCAAAGCGACCCAGGCGCCAGUGCUCUGUUUGCGGGAGCUGACGGCCGUAAGCCUGUUGGUGGUCAUGUCCUUGCGCAUGCAUCCACGACCCGAGUCCUCCUUCGCAAGGGUCGUGGUGAAGAACGUGUGGCGAAGAUACAGGACUCUCCAGAUUGCCCUGAGAGAGAGGCGACCUAUGUAAUUACCAACGGCGGAAUCAAUGAUCCAGACAAGGUCUAA